CUUGUCCCCACCCUUCAUGGGAAGGAAAGCACGUUCUGUGAAAACUCUGGGUGCUCGUUUCCCUCAGCAUUACUGAUCUCCAGCCAGCCAGUCAUGUCUGCUGCCCUCAGUAUGAGUAAGGAGCAAAGGUACAAACACACUUGGAAAAUCAGUCUAGGUACCACAUACAGCAAAGCCAGAGGCACCAGGUGAAGCAGUACCUGACCCUCGAUACCAAGCUGUCCAGCCAGACGCUCUCCCUGUCACACUCCCACACAAUCCAGCCUGUGGGAGCGAGCUCCAUUUUAAGAAACGGACACAUGCCUCCCAUCAGCGACACUGGCACACCAGAAAGCCCUGUUACCAAGCUGCUGGCCCUUGGCGGAGAACAUGAAAAUGUGAUGGAAGAGGUAAUUGAAGACAUAAUCAAUAUGGAAUCAAGUUUUAAUGAUGAAGGGAUAGGUUGUUCUGAAACUCCUCUACUAAUGCAAAGAACUCUAUCUAGCAGCAUUUUGGAUAUAUAUAACAGUGACCAGGGAAUGGCACCAGCUAACAUGGGUCUCACAAAUGCUUGCCCAGCUAAUCUACCAGUAAAAAGGGAACUCACAGAAGCAGAUACACGAGCAAUGGCAAAGGAGAGACAAAAAAAGGAUAACCAUAAUCUCAUUGAGAGGAGAAGAAGGUAUAAUAUUAAUUAUCGAAUCAAGGAGCUUGGCACACUCAUCCCCAAGUCUAAUGAUCCUGAUAUGCGCUGGAACAAAGGAACUAUUUUAAAAGCAUCAGUGGAGUACAUCAAGUGGCUACAAAAAGAACAACAGAGAGCCAGAGAAUUAGAACACAGGCAAAAGAAAUUAGAGCAUGCUAACAGAAGACUUCUACUUCGAAUUCAGGAACUAGAGAUCCAGGCACGUGCACAUGGCCUUCCAGUCAUAUCUUCACUCAGUGCUGUUGAUUUAGCUGCACAGGUCAUCAAGCAACAAUCUUAUCCAGAAGAGAGCUCUGUAGACUACUCUCAACAAAUGCCUCUAGUACAUGAGCAAAAUUCUGAUGUUUGUGAUGGAUCUACAGCCUUUUCCGAUCCACUUUCACACUUCACAGAUUUAUCCUUCAGUGCAGCUUUAAAAGAAGAGCAACGACUAGAAGAAAUUUUACUGGAUGAUACAGUGUCUCCAUUUGGAACAGACCCACUCUUGUCCUCCACAUCCCCAGCUGCAUCAAAAGAGAGCAGCAGGAGAAGCAGCUUUAGCACAGAUGAUGGAGAUGAUUUAUAAAAUCAGAAAGGUCCUCAUACUUCUCUAAAAGACUUAGUUGUACUUAAGCAUGGUGUUUGUGCUUAUUUUAUACGCGAAUGAGAGCCACUGUGAAGAUAAGUUACUACAUGACAAGGGUGCUAAAUCAGCCCUUACUUCACAGGAAAAUGAGAUGGACAUGAACUCAUAUCACUUUGCUCCAAAUUUACACCCUCUGUUCACAGAUGACAUUUGCACAAAUCUUUCUUCAUUGGGAAGGUUUUUACUGUCAUUCCAUGACGUUUUACAGCACUAUAAAAAUGGUUGCCACAAAAGGAAUACCCAUGUUAACAAAAGUGUAUUCAAACUCCCUUUUCAAUCUGUGUUCACUUUUCUCUGCUAUAAACAUGAGUUUCAGUAAUUUGCUUAAUUCUUUUUUCUAUAUAACUAAAAAUUCUACAAAACAUGAAGCAACAGGGAACUAUUUAAGCUGGGAACUGUAGAGCUUUUACAGGUUUUAAAAUCUGAAAGAAACAGAUGGUAAUGCUUUCACACAAGUGAAGUGAGCAUGAAAUUUAAACUGUGUAGGCUUCUCUUUAAAAGCAGAAAAUCUAUUAAGCUUUCCAUGGAAUUCUAUUUUUUUUAAAUUUCAUUUGUAGAAAAAAACCCAGACUUAUAAUAUAUAUUUUAAUAAUACAGAAGAAAAAUGGAAACUAACAUAAUGACAGAGACUAAAACGAACUAAGACAGCAAAGGGCAUGACAUUUCAGCAGAAAGACUGCAUGGGUGCACAAGACUCCACAAAGAUACUCCGGGUUACAAUUAACACAAUUUAAAACAAGCACUGCUAGUCACAGUGCUAUGUCAGCUGCUUAUUCCAAGAAUAUUAAAACUGUGUCCCUUUUUGUGUGGAAGAGACCAGAAUUCAGAGGCACAGCAGUGGGCUUCUAGGCAAUGCUUUCAGUGUCCUUUGGCAGUACAGUAAGGUUUAUCCAAAGGGACUCUACUUUACCCAUACAUUUGCCUUUUAUCCAUAUGAAAAUAGAGGGAAAUUACAAGAUUCCCAUUGCAUACACUUGAAACAAAGAUAAUUUAAUUUCAGAUUUGACUUUGGAUUCACUACAGAAAAGUUGAAAAGGAAGACUUUUCAAACUGAAGGAGAUAUUCAGAAGUGUUGAUGUGAUGCACUGCUGCUUGUAACUAGCUUGCUGGGAGGGGGCGUUCAGAAAAUGUGUUUUGAUGACUCAGUAAAGGCUUGGCAGCUAAAAGGCAGAUAGAAUGCAUAUCAUUUCUGUGCAUACUGAAAUUCUGGAGAGUGAUACAUCUUCCUGGAGGACAUUAAGUGCAUUCAUUCUAAUUGUAAUAUUAAGACAUGGGAAAAUAAGCUGGGACAGGUUCUUCGUAGCUCUUCCUCAACCAAAGCCAAAAGAUCACAUUAGGGAGUUCUUUAACAAUUCAAAAUAUGUUUCAAAAGUGUGCAUUAAUUUUGCUGUCACUGAGCCUGCCUCACACCCCUGAAGCGUCAUGGGAUUGGAAAUAGUAAGAAGAGAUUAAAGCGGAUUCUUGUUUUCAUGAACAUUUUAAAUGUAUUUAAGCAUAUUAUCUAAGAGCAGAACAAUUGUUUCUUCCUUUUGCCUCUUUUGUUAUUGAUACCUCCUCCUCACAGUCCUUGUGAGGUUUGUGUUACACCAGGGCCGUAGCCCAUUCUUGACCAACCAUGCUAGUGUCAUGAUAGUUUCUUAACUGGGAAUUUAGCAGUGGGAUAAUAAAUUACAUCUGGAUGGCUAUGAAAGAUGAUGGACUAUGCAAUUUCACAAGAAUAUAUGUUUUUUAGGAAAAUCAAGGAUUUCUAUAAGCCUGUGCAAAUUACUCAGAUGUAAACUGAACAGAACAGUACUGAUCUUCUUGUUGUUUAUGAUUAAUGUUGCUUCCCAGACAGGCCAGCACCUGACCCUCAGAACAGACUACUGUACGCUUCCAUUGCAUGGUUAAAAAUAAUAACAGCAAACAAGGUUCUUGUAAUUUUCUCUUCUUUAGUAGCGUGGAGGAAAUGGAUGGAAAAACAAAUGGAUAUUGACCAAAGGUAACUGAACAUAAGAUUGAUCAGCAUUUUAAUUGGCUGCUUCUGUAAUUUAAGGUCAUUAAAAGAGGAACCACUUACUUUUACCAAAGACUAUUUAAUAUUGACAUUUGAAUAUAAGAUAUGAUGAGUUUAAAGUAACAUUUAUGCUCACAUUAUGUCUAGUGUAGGAUGUGUGUUGUCCAUUUCAGCUGAUGAAAAGAAGGGAUACUUGGUUGAUAUCAAAUGCCAUUUGUCCUUGUACUGCAGUUUCUACUACAUUAGUUUUAAAUACACCAGUGUGGGUUGCUCAUAACAGAGAAAAAGAAAUUAAAUAUGAAUGUAUUACAUGAUUUUCCCAUUGAACUUUUACAUGGGAGUUAGACCAUACUUCUGAACUAUAUUGACUUUAAAUAACAACCUGAAUUUCAUCACUUUUAUAAGCACUGUUCUAAAAAAAACAUUAUAGUACAUCCAUUAAAUUUUUAAAGUUGAUUUUCAUUCUUCUGACAAUUGCUUCAGUCUGAAGCACCAGACUUUUAUUUUUCCUGCAUGAGAAACUUAACAGAAGACAGUGAAUGCUCCUUUUGCAAUAUGUUGUAUUAACGUGUAUUGCAUCUAAACAUAUUCAAGCUGUCUUCGUUCAUACAAAGCUCCCCACCCCCCUUGCCCAAAACACUAAAUGUAUUCACACCUGUGGGUGUGUAUUAUGGCAACGUUGUUUCACUACCAUUAUGACUUUUCUAGUAGGAAGCCAUCAUAAAUUAGUAUUUUAA